AUGACGCCGCACGCCCAUCACACUCGCCCGAGGUACCACCCGGGCUCAACUAAGAAGGAAAUCGAAGAGGAACCAGACUGGCGGACGGCUGGAUUGCACCGUAUCGGACUUCGCAACGGGGGAAAUAAUUUCCCUGGUUUAACUCACCGGGGAGACGAGUGGUUAAAAGAGGAGCUGGAGCAUGAGGAACAUGCAAUCAAGAUUGAGGAGGAAUUGAAAAAGAGAUUGGAGCGCCGGGAUCUGGUUACUGUGAGGGAUGUUAUGACGAAGCAGGAAGACUUCCAUCUGGAAAGACCUGAAGUUUUUUCAAAGGGGUGGCGGUAUGUGUUACACACAACGGAAGACUUUAUCAAGAAUCAACAAGACUGGCCUGCAAAUAUUCAGAAGAGGCAGAAGGAGGAAGAAGAGCGCAAAAAGACACAGGGAGAGGAGGAACAGUUAAAGAAGGAGCAUGAAUGGCGACGGGAACGUGGACAGAAUGCCACCCAGAAAGACGCCUAUGCUUCCAGGGAACCACAAGAUAAACAGAACGAAAGUGAACAAGCUGUCGAGAAGGAAUCAGGAGCAGGAAAGGGUGAUGGUUUGAAGCAAAAGUACUCUGCGCAAGAGAUUGCACUUUUGCGCGCUUUGCGGCACGAGAACAAGUACAUGCAUUCUCUCAAAAGGAACGACGGCAAGGGGAAGUCUCCGAUGGCCCAUUAUGAAGAUCAGAGACAAUUUUGCAUAGAUGAGGCUGAUCAGUUUACUCCGGAUAACUGGAUUCCGAGAAGUGACACCCUCAUUCGCCUCACGGGCAAGCACCCAUUCAACUCCGAACCGCCACUGAACACGCUUUACGACGCCGGUCUCAUUACCCCGAAUAAAAUCCAUUUCGUACGAAACCACGGCUCUGUCCCUCAUUUGCGCUGGCAAACUCAUCGACUUGAAGUCGAAAAUGGGAAGCUAGUGUUGACCAUGGAAGAGCUGAAGGACGAAUUUGAUGCCAUUAAUAUUCCCGUCCUUAUUGCAUGUGACGGCAAUAGACGGAAGGAAGUGAACAUGACCAAAAGGUCAAAAGGGUUCAACUGGGGACCUGGCGCUUGUGGGUGUGCGUAUUGGAAAGGACCGCUGCUUCGAGAUGUCCUCCUUGCAGCAGGGUUACCACCGGAGGCUUCACAACGGCGGACUUGGGUCAACUUCGAAGGGGCAGAUCAACCCAACGAGGGCAAGUAUGCAACAUGUAUCCCGCUGGAUUAUGCCAUGGAUCCGAAUAACGAUGUUAUUCUUGCGUAUGAGAUGAAUGAUAAAGCACUACCACCGGAUCAUGGGUAUCCUGUGCGCGUCAUUAUUCCUGGCUAUGUCGGUGGAAGAUGUGUGAAAUGGCUAUCGCGCAUCUGGACGUCUGACAAGCCAAAUGAUAGUUAUUACCAUGUGUUCGACAAUCGCGUGGUGCCUGAUUUUAUCACUGAAAUGGAUUCAGAAUUUGCGAAGGCGAUGUUUUCCAACCCCAGCACUGCGUGUAACGAACAAAGCCUGAAUUCUGUGAUUGUUAAACCUGCCCAUGGAGAGACACUGGAUCUAGUCUCAGAGAACAAUAUAAAACGGAAGGAAUAUAGGGUUGAAGGGUAUGCAUAUGCUGGAGGAGGCCACGAGGUUCAGCGUGUUGAGGUUAGUCUAGACGAAGGUAAAAACUGGCUUUAUUGUAUCCGUAGGUUUCCGGACGCACCAAUUCGCCAUGGCAAAAAGUUCUGGACUUGGGUUCACUGGUCUGUGGAUGUCGACAUUGCACACUUAGCCCAAGCAAGUGGUAUCACAGUCCGAUGUUUCGACGUCUUCAAAAAUUGCCAAUCGGAAAGGCUGAACUGGAAUUUAUUGGGUAUGAUGAACAACUGCUGGUACACCGUCCGUAGAAAUAUCGUCGAGGACCCCAAAUCUGGUGAUCUAUUGAUCACCUUCCGGCACCCUACAGAACCAGGGUCGGGUGAAGGGGGCUGGAUGAAGCCGGAGCAGAUUGAUGAGAUCCGACAUGAAGUGGCCGCUCCACAGAAGCAGUUUACUCGCGAAGAGAUUGAAAAGCAUGACUCGGAAUCAGACUGUUGGAUCGUCAUCAACAAUAAAGUUUACGAUGCCACGAGCGUGCUCGGCUGGCACCCGGGCGGCCAAGCUGCCAUUAUGGCACAUGCCGGGAGGGUUCAUGCGGAGACCACAGAGGAAUUUGACAGCAUCCAUGAUGAUUAUGCCCAGCAGAAAUUGAGCGAAUGCGUGCUUGGUGUUGUAACUGAUAAGACGAAAGAAUAUAUAAAGAAACAAGCUGAAGAGAGCGCGAAAGCAAGGGUGACGGCCAACUCGACUAGUUCUGGCUCUGGGAUCCAGCGUCACAAAUGGACCCAGGUCCGCCUCCGCAAGAAAGAACGACUUUCUGAAGACACCCAACUUUAUACCUUUGCUCUCCCACCAGGCACAAAAGGACUUGGCCUCAAGACUUGCCAGCACAUUCAGCUGGGAUUCCACUUUGCUGACAGGCUGGUAAUUCGACCCUACACACCUGUACGACCCAUAUUCGAAAGCGAAGCAGAUGGCACCUUUAAGCUCGCCGUAAAGACAUAUUUCCCAAGCUCUAAGCAGCCGGGCGGCACGAUGAGCAACGUGCUGGACUGUUUGCGUGUAGGCGAAGAAGUCGAAGUCAAAGGCCCCGCAGGUGUAAUUGAAUAUGAAGGCCAAGGCCACUUCGUGAUUGACGGCAAGAGGCUCAAAUUUCAAAACGUCACGCUAAUCCUUGGCGGGUCUGGCAUUACACCAGGAUACCAGCUCAUAGCGCAUAUUCUCCUCUCAGAUAUGGUGCCUGGCGGUUCAAAGGACCCAACCCGCCUCAGAGUAAUAGACGCGAACAAAACAGAGGAUGACAUAUUGUUAGUGGAUGAGCUUGGUGAAUUUGCGAAACAGCACCCGAAGCAGUUUCAAAUAGUGCAUGUUCUUUCAAAUCCGCAGCAAGAGUUGACGGAGGGGAGGAUCAAGGGGUUGGUGAAUAAGGAUAUUAUCCGGAAAUAUGGGUUUAGGCCUGAGGAAGGGAACGUCGCCCUUCUGUGUGGACCGCCUGGGUUAAUUAAGAUGGCAGCGCUACCAAAUUUGAAAGACUGGGGGUAUAAAGAGGAUGAAAACCUUUUCGGGUUCUGA